AUGUCUACCAGCUCAGAGAAGAAAAGAGCUAGCUCUGCUAUUUCAGAUCUUUCACAGAUCCUAAAGUCUCAAGAUGGAUCAGCUUUUUUAAGGAAUUCAAGUGAAGUUUCAGCUGAUAAAGACCUAUCCCAUAUACUUCCAUUAAAGACCCAUGAUAAAUCAUUAACAAGACUGUUAUCAAAGGAAGAGAUUGAAGAUUUACUGUCUGCCAAAACAUCACUUCAAGGGAAUGAAACAGCAACAGCAUCAUUCAUUUCACCUCCUGUUCUUACCAAAAGAAAGCCAAUGGGUAGUGACAUUUCAAAGGAUGCUGCUAUAGAAGAGAAAUUACAAAAUAAGACUGAAAAACAAACUUACCAAGUAUCAAGAGAAUUUCAAGCUCAGGAUAAAGUACCUGAUGAAAAUAUUGGACUUGAGGAUGAAGCAGUAUCAAGCACACUCACGCAAAUGUUUAAACAAAGAACUUCUAGGAUGAAUAGACGCAAUGCAUUUCUUGUACCUCAGCAAAAGGAUAUGUUGUCUACUGCAAAUCAGUUGCCUGAGGGCAUGGCUUUAAUUUUAAGAAGCCUAUCUCAAGAUAAGAAUCUUAAAUCUACCAGAAGUGAGAGCUUUGAUAUACCAGAUGAAGAACUUAUGAUUGGGCAUGAAGAUUCAGUGUCAAAAACCGAAAUGCAAGUAGAGAAACAAAAAACUUCUAGAAAGGGAAGAUUCACUACUCAUGAUAAAGUACCAGAUGAAAAGCUCAUGCAUAAGAAUCAGGAUUCAAUGUCAAAAACCCAACAGCAAGUAAAGAAACAAAGAACUCUCAGAGGGGAAGGACUCUCUGGUAAGUAUAACAACCGUAGCUAA